AUGUGGCCAGCUCUAAUAACCCUAGUGCUUUCGUGCACUGUCUUUCUCUCUCUCAAAUCAUUCCUGGACGAGAAGCGUCGCGGUCGUCUUCCCCCUGGUCCCAGAGGCUGGCCUCUCAUCGGUAACGUCCUCGAUUUCCCCACCACCCAGCAAUGGAAAACAUUCGCGCAGUGGGGUGAAAAAUGGGGCCCGCUCAUGUCGAUAAGUCUGCUCGGGCGGCGCAUGGUGAUCAUCAACUCGGCUAAGGUUGCAGUCGAGAUGCUGGACAAGAAGAGCACUAUUUAUUCGAACAGACCGAAGUUUAUCGUCGCGGGCGAGAUGGUGGGCUGGGAGACGAUAGGAUCUAUGAUCCAAUAUGGCCCCCGGUAUCGCGAUACCCGCCGCCUCUACUCCCAGCUGAUGGGCAGUCGCGAGAAGGUAAAUGGGUUGAAGUCCCAGGUUGAGCUCGCUAGCCGUAAAUUCCUUCUGCGCCUUUUGCGCAAGCCGGAGGAUCUCCCCGCUCAGCUUCGUUUGAUGGCUGCAUCCACCAUGCUGAUGCUCGCAUACGGAUAUACUGUACAAGAGAACGAAGACCCCAUUGUGAAGGCGGUUGAGAUUGCGAUGGGAGAGGCGACUCGAGCUCUUUCCCCCGGCGCGUUCCUCGUUGAGGUAUUCCCUAUAUUGAAACACGUCCCAGAGUGGGUGCCGGGCUUUGCUUGGAAGAAGGAAGCCAAGGUUAUGAAGCGCAAUCUGCAGAAUAUGUGUGACAUGCCGUUUGAAUUCGCCAAGAAGCAGAUGGCCGCUGGUACAGAUAUCCCCAACCUUACGUCGCGCAAUCUGCCCAGUUGCACUGAUCCGGAACGCGAACAACUUUUAAAAGAUGCUGCAUCUGCAAUAUAUGCGGGCAAGUGUGGAUCCGACACGACCGUGUCUUCGAUCACUUCCUUCUUCCUUGCCAUGAUGUGCUACCCGGAAGUACAGCGCAGAGCACAAGAAGAAAUCGACACCAUUAUUGGGACUGAUAGGCUCCCGACGCUUGCGGAUCGCGAUAGCUUGCCUUAUGUUUCUGCUGUUUGUUCCGAGGUUAUGCGAAUGUUCGUCACUGUGCCGACAGGUUUCCCCCACGUUCUGAGCGAAGAUGACGUCCAUGAUGGCCACUACCUUCCCAAGGACACCUUUAUAAUCGCAAAUAUCUGGCAAUUCUGCCGUGAUUCUGCUACAUAUGCCGACCCAUUUGUGUUCAACCCCGACCGGUUCCUCUCAUCGGAAGGCAAAGUCGCAGAACCUGAUCCUCGCAAACUGAUCUUCGGCUUCGGAAGGCGAGUUUGUCCGGGUGCCGACUUCGCGGAUGCGGUGAUUUUCGAGACAUGCGCUGUGUCCCUCGCGGUAUAUAAUGUCUCGAAACCUAUCAAGGACGGCGUCACAGUGGAGCCCAGUAUGGAGAUGACCAGCGGAGUCAUUGUCCAUCCAGAGCCUUUCGAGGUUUCCAUCAAGCCCAGGUCGGCAAAGGCGGAGGCACUUAUUCGAAGCGCAGAAGAGCUCGAGGACUAG